AUGAGGAGAAAUGUUCCUCCUUACUCAAGAUGGGCCGAGAGAAGAUCCACCGUGGUUUAUGCGGUCCGCUCAGCCACACUGGGCUCCUGGAGGAUGCUGACCUUGGGGGCAGAGUACGAGGACACCUGGACCCCCACACCUGACAAGAGCCGCAGCCCUGGUUCGCCCUCAGAGGCGGGGCCUGAGGGGCCUGAGGGGGCGGAUACCUGCACUGGAGACCCGGAUGAGCCCUCAUGGAGGACCGUGGACACAGUGCAGAAGUAUGACGUAGUUUUCCACCUGGACGGGCUGAGCCAAUCAGGAAGAAGAGAUGGAGUACGUCAUGCCGUCAGGAGGCACGAGACUCUGAAUCACACGCCAUGGCCUCGAGGAAUGGCUCGCUUUGCAGAAGAUCUCCCCUCCCGCUAUGGAGGAGGCGCAGGCGGCGGAGGAGGCAGAGGAGGACCGCCGGGCGCCGGGAGAGGGGGAGCCCGGGGUGGUGGCGCUCCGGGGGGCCAAAGGGUCUACAAGCAGUCGAUGGCCCAAAGAGCCCGGACCAUGGCCAUUUACAACCCGAACCCUGUCAAACAAAACUGCCUCACUGUCAACCGCUCCCUCUUCAUCUUCCGCGAGGACAAUCUCAUCAGGAAGUAUGCCAAGCGAAUAACAGAGUGGCCUCCAUUUGAAUACAUGAUCCUGGCUACAAUCAUCGCCAACUGCAUCGUCUUGGCCCUGGAGCAGCAUCUACCUGCCAGUGACAAGACGCCCAUGUCGGAGCGCCUGGACGACACAGAGCCCUACUUUAUUGGAAUAUUCUGUUUCGAGGCAGCCAUUAAGAUCAUCGCCCUGGGCUUUGCAUUUCACAAAGGCUCCUACCUCCGCAACGGCUGGAAUGUAAUGGACUUCGUUGUCGUCCUCACAGGGAUCCUGGCCACGGUGGGCUCAGACUUCGACCUGCGAACACUGCGAGCUGUCAGAGUGUUGAGGCCCCUGAAACUCGUGUCAGGAAUCCCAAGUCUCCAGGUGGUGUUGAAGUCUAUAAUGAAAGCCAUGGUUCCUCUGCUUCAGAUUGGCCUGCUGCUCUUCUUCGCCAUCGUCAUGUUUGCCAUCAUCGGGGUGGAGUUUUACAUGGGAAAAUUCCACACCAGCUGCUUCAGGAUAGACACUGGUGAGAGAGCUGUUGAUUGGCCUUGUGGUAUAGAGCCUCCGGCCAGGACGUGUCCUAAUGGGACCGUGUGCAGAGAGUACUGGACUGGACCAAACUUUGGCAUCACCAACUUUGACAACAUCCUGUUUGCAGUGCUGACUGUGUUCCAGUGCAUCACCAUGGAGGGCUGGGUGGACAUCCUCUACAGCACCAAUGAUGUGGCAGGAAACGCCUGGAACUGGCUCUACUUCAUCCCCCUCAUCAUCAUCGGCUCCUUCUUCAUGCUCAACCUGGUGCUCGGUGUCCUCUCAGGAGAAUUUGCCAAAGAGAGGGAGCGUGUGGAGAAGAGGCAGGAGUUCCUGAAGCUUCGGAGGCAGCAGCAGAUCGAGAGGGAGCUCACAGGAUACUUGGAGUGGAUCUGCAAAGCGGAGGAGGUGUUGCUGGAGGAAGAAGAUGAGAUUGCUGAGGAGAAGUCCCCGAUGGAUGGUGCGUGGUACAAGAGGAAACAAAACCUGCCAGUCUUGAAACGAAGCAAAGUCAAGAAAGGUAAAAAUGACCUGAUCGGUGCUGAAGAGGGGGAGGAUCCUUUCGCAGACAUCUCCUCUGUCGCUCCUUCGGGCUCUCCUUUCGGUCGCUCCAGCGUGAAAAGCACUGGAAAGCUGGACAGCUCCACCUACUUCCGGCGUAAAGAGAAGAGGACCCGGUUCUUCAUCCGCCGCAUGGUGAAGGCUCAGAGCUUUUACUGGAUCGUUCUUUGUCUGGUGGGCCUGAACACUCUGUGUGUGGCCAUUGUGCAUUACGACCAGCCCGAGUGGCUGACAAGGGCCCUCUACACAGCAGAGUUUGUGUUCCUGGGUUUGUUUCUGACUGAGAUGAGCUUGAAGAUGUACGGCCUUGGAGUGAGGAACUAUUUCCACUCUUCCUUUAACUGCUUUGAUUUCGGGGUGAUCGUUGGAAGUAUUUUCGAGGUGAUCUGGGACAUGAUCAAACCGGGGGCAUCAUUUGGGAUCAGUGUGUUGAGAGCUCUGCGAUUGCUCAGGAUAUUUAAAGUCACCAAGUAUUGGAACUCCUUAAGGAACCUUGUGGUCUCCCUCCUCAAUUCCAUGAAGUCCAUCAUCAGCUUGCUCUUCCUCCUCUUCCUCUUCAUCGUGGUCUUUGCUCUGCUGGGCAUGCAGCUCUUUGGAGGACAGUUCAACUUUGAAGACGAGACGCCAACAACAAACUUUGACACCUUCCCAGCAGCCAUCCUCACUGUGUUCCAGAUUCUGACUGGCGAGGACUGGAAUGCCGUGAUGUACCACGGGAUCGAGUCUCAAGGAGGCGUCCGACGCGGCAUGUUCUCCUCCGUCUACUUCAUCGUCCUCACACUCUUUGGAAACUACACUCUCCUGAAUGUGUUCUUGGCCAUCGCUGUUGAUAACCUCGCAAAUGCACAGGAGCUGACUAAGGAUGAAGAAGAGCAGGAGGAGGCAGCCAAUAAGAAGCUUGCCCUGCAGAAAGCAAUGGAGGUAAAGGAAGUCAGCCCAAUGUCAGCAGCCAACAUCUCCAUCUCUGCUUUUGUAAAGCAAAAUCGAGAUGCAAUCUCUCGCAGGUCGUCCAUCAACAGCAUUCAGUCACCUAAGGAGCAGCAGCGGUCAGCUAAGGCCAUGUCAGUGUGGGAGCAAAGGACCAAUCAGCUGAGGAGGCACAACUUGAGGGCGAGCAGUGAGGCCUUGUUCAACGAGCUGGACCCUGAGGAACGCCUUCGGAUGACCACUGCUCUGCACCUGCAUCCCGACAUGAUGACUCACCUGGACCGGCCUCUCGUGGUGGAGGCUAGAGAUGGGGAGAAACCCGGUAAGCCACCUGAUGGAGGUUGGGAGGAGGAAGGAGGCGGAGUGGGAGACAACUACCACAUGCACGCCAGGAAGCAUCACCGACACCGCGACAAGAAUGGGGAGUGCAGGGAUGGAGGCGACGGCCGGGGAGGGAGGCACCACAUCCAUCAUAGCAGGACCAGAGAUCCAAACGGUAACGGCACCCACAUGAAGAAAGGGGAGCGGAACCAGGAUGUGAAUGGAGGGCAGGGACACAGGCACCACUACCAGGCUGGCUCGCCUGAGGAGGAGGCAAACGGCCUGCGAGGAGGAGAAGAAAAAAGCCACCGCCACCAUCACUCCCAUCGUUUAUCCAAAGAAGGAAAUGGAGUAAUAGCUAAUGGUGCGCAAGGAGAGCGCAGGAUGAAGGGGGUGGGAGGAGGAGGAGGAGGGGACAGUAAUGGAGAGAGGAAGGCACGCACACGGAUGGUCAGAGCUCAGUCUACUCUGGAUGGAGACGACUGUAUGAGGAGCAAGAAUGGAAUCAAAGGUCACUGGGACAGGCAUCCAGAUGCUGAAGAAGACGGCCUGGCCUCCAGUCCUCUGCAGCUGAUGCGGAGCAGCCUGAGUCUUGGAGAAAAACAGGAAGAUGCUGACAACCAGAAGAACUCCACCCGGGCCAGCCAGGCCGGUCUCAACAGCAACGCCAUCCACAUCCCUGUUACCAUCACUGCCCCGCCUGGAGAAACCACCAUCAUACCCAUGAACAACAUCGACUGCGACAACUUCACGCUCAAUGAGGAGAAGAAAGAUCUGGAGGAGGAGGAGGCAGCUAACGGGCCUCGGCAGAUACUCCCCUACAGCUCCAUGUUCAUCUUCGGGGUGACAAACCCGGUGCGACGGCUGUGUCACUACGUGGUCAACCUACGCUACUUUGAGAUGUGCAUCCUGAUGGUCAUCACAAUGAGCAGCAUCGCUCUGGCAGCAGAGGACCCUGUGCAAGCCAAUGCACCACGCAACAACGUUCUCAAGUAUCUGGAUUACGUCUUUACUGGAGUCUUCACUUUUGAGAUGGUGAUCAAGAUGAUUGAUUUGGGACUGCUCCUCCACCCUGGCUCUUAUUUUCGUGACCUUUGGAACAUUCUGGACUUCAUUGUGGUCAGCGGAGCCCUGGUGGCCUUUGCCUGCUCAGGGACGAAAGGCAAGGAUAUCAACACCAUCAAGUCCCUGAGGGUCCUCCGAGUCCUGCGGCCCCUUAAGACCAUUAAACGUCUGCCCAAGCUGAAGGCGGUGUUCGAUUGUGUCGUAAACUCUCUAAAGAACGUGCUCAACAUCCUCAUCGUCUACAUCCUCUUCAUGUUCAUCUUCGCGGUCAUCGCUGUGCAACUCUUUAAGGGCAAAUUCUUCUACUGCACUGACGAGUCGAAGGGUCUGGAAAAAGACUGCAGGGGUCAGUUUCUGGACUACGAUAAAGACGAUGUGGCAGCUCAGCCCAGAGAGUGGAAGAAGUACGAGUUUCACUACGACAAUGUUCUGUGGGCUUUCCUGACGCUCUUCACUGUGUCCACUGGAGAGGGCUGGCCAAUGGUCCUGAAGCACUCUGUGGAUGCCACUUACGAGGACCAGGGCCCAAACCCAGGCUUCCGCAUGGAGACGUCCAUCUUCUAUGUGGUCUACUUUGUGGUGUUCCCCUUCUUCUUUGUCAACAUCUUUGUGGCUCUGAUCAUCAUCACCUUCCAGGAGCAGGGAGACAAGGCCAUGUCGGAGUGCAGCCUGGAGAAGAACGAGAGGGCUUGCAUUGACUUUGCCAUCAACGCUAAGCCGCUGACGAGAUACAUGCCAGAGAACAAGCAGUCCUUCCAGUACAAGAUGUGGAAAUUUGUGGUGUCGCCUCCGUUUGAGUACGCCAUUAUGACUCUAAUCGCUCUCAAUACAGUCGUGCUGAUGAUGAAGUUCUACGGAGCUCCAGACCUGUACGAGUCCAUGCUGAAAUACUUGAACAUCCUCUUCACAGCCCUCUUCACACUGGAGUGCAUCCUCAAGAUUAUUGCCUUCGGUCCACUGAACUACCUGAAAGCAGCCUGGAACGUGUUCGACUUUGUGACUGUGCUCGGAAGCAUCACAGACAUCGUAGUCACAGAGGUCAAGGAUAAGAUGAUCAACCUGAGUUUCCUGAGGCUGUUCAGAGCUGCUCGGCUCAUCAAGCUGCUGCGACAGGGCUACACCAUCCGGAUCCUGCUGUGGACUUUCGUUCAGUCCUUCAAGGCUCUGCCGUAUGUCUGCCUGCUCAUUGCCAUGCUGUUCUUCAUCUAUGCCAUCAUUGGAAUGCAGGUGUUUGGAAACAUCGAGCUGAACGAGGACACGGCAAUAAAUCACCACAACAACUUCCAGACCUUUCUCCAGGCCUUGACCCUUCUCUUCAGGAGUGCAACAGGUGAGGCGUGGCAUGAGAUCAUGUUGGCGUGUCUGAGUAACCGGCGGUGUGACAUACUCUCAGGAACAGUGGGGAAGGAGUGUGGGAGUGACUUUGCCUACUUCUACUUCGUCUCCUUCAUCUUCCUCUGCUCCUUCCUGAUGCUGAAUCUGUUUGUUGCCGUCAUCAUGGACAACUUUGAGUAUCUGACCAGGGACGCCUCCAUCCUCGGGCCUCAUCACCUGGAUGAGUUCAUCCGUGUGUGGGCAGAGUAUGACCCUGCUGCCUGCGGCCGCAUGUCUUACCGUGACAUGUACGAGAUGCUUCGAGACAUGUCUCCUCCGCUAGGUUUGGGGAAGAAAUGUCCUCCCCGAGUCGCCUAUAAGCGAUUGGUGAGAAUGAACAUGCCCAUAGCAGAAGACAACACGGUGCAUUUCACCUCCACUCUGAUGGCACUGAUCCGCACAGCCCUGGAGAUCAAACUGGCAUCCGGGGUCCUGGCACAGCAUUUGUGCGAUGCCGACCUGAAGAGGGAGAUAAACCGAGUGUGGCCAAGUCUGCAGCAGAAGACUGUUGACCUGCUGGUGACACCUCCCAAAUACAACGAGCUGACUGUGGGGAAAGUCUAUGCUGCUCUGAUGAUCUUUGAUUACUACAAGCAGAAUCGAGCCAAGAGGCUCCAGCAGCAGAACACUCCAGGAGGAACUCAGAGUAAACUGGGGGCGUUGUUCCGUCCGGUGCUGCCCCUCACUCACAUACUGGAAGUAGAACCUCGGAUCUCCAGCCCCAAACAGCCCCUCUCACCCCAGACUGAGCCAGAAGUCAAACCAGAGACUAUUCUCACCAUGACUGCUAUCACCGCCGCUACCACUGCCACCUCCUCCACUACUAGAGACGCUUUACUGAACCAGAGGAGUGGAAUAAAACAUUCCCAGUCCGGAGAUGUUUCUCAGACGGCACAGAGGCCCAAAGGCCGGAGGAAACUACAGAGAGGCCAGUCAGAAGAUGUGCCAUACUCAACCCGACCUCAGGAGCUGGUUGAACUGAAGCAGGUGGAGAACAUUUCAGACACAGAAGGAUAUCCAAGUCUGGAAGGCCACUGCAGGGCAGCCUCUCUGCCCCGUCUCAAUGCUGAGUACUAUCGGAGCCACCCACGCCACGCCCCUGGGACCCACCUGGCACCGAUUGUUGACCUCAGCCCGAUAAGACGCUCAGCAUCCUCACUGACACAGCACCACCACCAGGAGGGCGGGCUGAGGGGGUAUAACCUCGACCGGACUGGCCAGUCAGCAGGACCAGGACAAGUCCAGGACAGAGCCCACCACCAUCAUCACCAUCACCGCUGUCACCGACGCAGGGACAAGGACAAAGAUAAGAAGCAGAGGUCUCUGGAUAGAGCUGCUUCAGUGCAACCGUCAAGCACAGUUGAUUCAUUCACCGACCCUUCAGCUGAAGGUUUGUCCAGAGAGCGAGCGAGGGAGCGCGACCGCAGCCGUCCUCAUGAGAGGAGGCACCACUCCUCGGCAGGAGAGAAGCAGCGCUACUACUCCUGUGAGCGAUACGGCAGCAGAGAGCAGGGUCACGCCAAGUCAGCCGGUCCAAGUCGAUCCACCUCCCCUGGAGAGGGACAUUAUGGUAGCACUGUGGGUAAAUCUGGCCUUGUAAUGCUCCCCUCUGGUUCGAGCACUCCGGGCCGCAGUCGCAGGCAGCUCCCCCAGACGCCCCUCACCCCUCGUCCUGCAGUGACCUACAAGACCGCCAACCCUUCACCUCUCCCAUCCGGUGCCAGCACUGCUGCAACAGGGCAUCAGACUCGCUUCAGCCGUGGCCUUUCGGAGCAUGAUCGCUUAUUCAGGGGCCUUGAGGAGACUCUGUUACCGAUCACUCGCAUCGGUUCGGACCCAGAUUUAAACCGGCAGCAGCAGCAGCGGGUCGCCUCUCAACAGGCCCUCAAUGAGGAGACGGAAGACUUCCAGGACACUGUGAGCAGCCUUGGAGGGGGACGCUCUGCCAGAACCACUGCUUCCACCACAGCCUCAGCCUCACAAGGGACUGCAGCUACGCCUGCCACAGCGCCUGCUAUGCAGGGCCGGGCGGGACCGGUGCCCAAUGGGUACCACUUCACCCUCGGGGUCAACUCUGCAUCCGGGCCCGCAGGCCGAGGAACAGGAAGUCUCAGGGAGAGGGAUGAAGACGACUGGUGCUAGCAUGGUAUUGAGCUGUUAGUUGAAGAUGGGGAAGCUUGUCAGAGUCACAGAGAGCUCAUGUCAGGUCUGAUGAGCUGAUAUGAAACCCUGAGGAUUUACUCAGAAGGAAAGAAGUGAAGGAGAAGCCAGGGGAAAGUGCUGUAAAAGGGGGUCUAAAAUCAUUCCAGAUUUGUAGUCUUACUCUUCAUUUUUAUACAACAAACUCUGUAAGGAAAGUACUCACUGAUGACUUUUCUACCCCCUUACUUGCACUGAAGUUAUAGCACAAGUGAAGACCCUUAAGAAUUUUGCCUUUGCCAGUAAAACAGUGUUGAAGUCAAAAGCCAAAAUCUCCAAAGUGAAUCAAUGAACUGUGUUUUAGAUGGAUCUGAAUGCCUCACUCCUGAUAUAACUAUGGCUGCUCACAGCACUGCUUUGAUUUUCAGAUGUUUUAUUGUUGUUUAUGUUGUCCAUUUCAACUCGAUCAAAAAGAUGCUAUCACCAAACUUUGUUACUUUAUUUUAAUUUUUCCUCAUCUGCUAAUUUUCAGGAUUAUCACCAAAUUCUUAGGAAACAAAGAAACAAACUGAUGUUCUGUAAUGACUCAGUGUGUAACGUGACAGAAGGUGAACUCUGGAUGGGAGCGAAGAAGUGGAGGGUUGAGUUUUUUAUGAUUUUUUGUAAAUGUACCACGUGUAAAUCUUCUGAGUGCAAAAAGGGACUAGAUAUAUCUCUAUGUGGUUGAAUACUAAGUGCCUCGUUUUCCAAGUUGAAUCCAGUCAGAUGGGCUUAAAAACAGUGCAGGAUGUAAGUAUGUAAAAGUAUAGAGAACAAAGUUUGGAUCUGUAUAAAUGAACAGAAUGCAAAAAAAAUACAGUUUUGUACUCGUGUGGUAGGUAAGUCAGGACUGCAGAUCCAAAGUAAGCAGUGUAGUGCAUGCAGGGUCUUGAACUUGUCAAAAAUAGUGUCUGUACUUUUGCCUAAGGGUGUGUGAUAAACAUUUCGCCUUUCUCUUUCAAAUAUACUGCCAGUCCGUUGGUAGAAAUGGUCUCUGAGUGGAGAAAAGUGCCAUUUUUUUUAUUCUUAUCAACAAAAUGAUCCAUAUUCAGAAUCAUUUGCCUCCUCAAGCAAACAGUAUACUGUAUAUCUCAUCUCUGCCAUAUGUGCCCAUACUUCAUGGGUUUCCUUAUCUCUUUCCUCUGAGAACAGUAUCGUGUGAAGGUGUGUAGAUGAGGUUAGACGUGUACAACAAAGAGUUGUGUUGUUGCUGCAGACUGUUGACUCAAAGUAGGGCUAUGCAACAAGACGACACUUCAUCUGCCCUGUAGCUUUACCCUCUGGAUUCUCCAGGUUCAGGCUUUAGUGUGAGUGCGACCAGAUUUUACAAUUAAUGUAUGAAAAGUUGUAAAUUUUAGAUGUAUUAUAUGAUGUACAGUGAACUGACAACACACACUGAGUCACAUAAUGUAAUCAAAGCUAAUAUUUGUGAACCACAGGGCAUUUUUAAAGGUCGGCAAGUUGACUGCAUGACGCCUACCCAGAUAGAACCACCCAGAAUAUAAAACUGUGUUCCUCUCAGACUUGGGUCAAGUUUUUUUUCCAAACAACUUUAACGGUUAUAAGACUUUCUUAUAAAACCACAACUAACAUUAUUAAGUUGUCUUUGGAAAAACUAUCUUCUUUUCAGUGUGUCUUCAGGAUUUCUUUUAAGAAUCAGUCAAAAUUUGUCAAAAUUAACAAAUAAUUAUCAAUUUUUUUUACAGUUUCAAUAAUUCUACUAGUUUAUUUGUUCAAGCCUCUUGGUGCUGUUGGCUUAACUUUCAGAAAUUGUAUGACCAUGAAAGUAAUUUGCAAAUAUCAGUUGAUCCAAGUCUGAGUACUUCAUUGUGCAUUAAUUUAAAAACCUGUUGUCUCAUAUUUGUGCAAUCUACUUGAUGUAUCAUCUAAAAGGAGACGUUUUUGACUCUAAUCAUUUGGGUCCAACUGCAGGCAAAGCUCUGCAUCUAUUAUUUAACACAUCUUAGAUUUCUGUUACAUAUUUCUUUGAGUUGCCACAUGGAAGCAGAGACGUGUUCAACUCCACGGUAUACUUUCUCAAAGAUCCUUCUUCUUCAGACCUCCAGUGAGCCCGCACUGAACAGGGAGCCAUGUUUCCUUCUACAGGUUUUCUCCAACUGCCCCCUCUGGACAUGUCCUGUUUGCAUGAAAUGAAAUGUGCAUGUGCAAAAGAAAAAAGAGGCAUUGUUUGACUCCAUUCAGUCCAUGAUUUGUACAAUUUGUUUCCUGGUUGUAUUUUCUGAUUAUCUAAAAAUCAAACUGUAUCUGUUUCAGGUAAUGAAAAGAAAAAAAAUCAAGCUUGAAUAACAUUUUAUCACAAAACCACUAAAAUAGAGCCAAAACUCUUUCUUAGAAAAGAGGCUCUGGAGUGGUUGAAUCCUUCGCUGCCUGAUCUGUUACUUGACUGUGUCACUCACAGUCUUUUGGACUGUACCUACAGAUUUUGUAUGAAUAUAAGUCCUUAAAUAAAGAGGUAUGGUAUGAAAUUAACAGAA